AACACUGACAGUUGACUAGCAAACACACACAAAAGGUGAUUCACAUAAACAAAAAAGGUUGGAGAACCAAAAGCAACUGUUCCAUAAACUUGCAUUUAAGGUCUGGUAAAAGUCUUUGAUCAGAGGUGCAAUUUGAUGAACAAUUGCCAACCACACAAAACGUACUCAUGGACACCGUAGAUAUUCAGGAUGACCUCCCGUCGAACACACUCGAUCAUUUCGUUGAAUACGCCGAAGUAUUGCAGAUGAUUGAAUCUCUGAAGACCGAACAAUCCAAACAAUAUGAAAAAUCGUACCAGACGUACAGUACCGUGCUAUCCAGGUAUCAGGAACAGCCCCAUUUGUUAGAUUUACACUUAGGUGAAUUGAUCAGUCGAUUGUUGGCGAUAAUUCGAUCAAUUGAUUGUCCGGAAGAGCUGUUUCACAUCGCUUUUAAGUAUCUGUAUCAACUGUCUAAAGUGCGUACAUACAAGGUGUUAGUUAAGAUGUUGCCGCAUGAAAUCAGCGAUUUAGAUUUCGUGCUCAAUAAGCUGGAAGAACAAUUGAUCAAUCAAUCUGACCAGUGGGAGACCCGAUACAUGCUACUGUUGUGGCUGUCAAUAUUGGUGUUGAAUCCGUUUCACAUGUCUCGAUUGGAUGCAUUCACUGUGACUGACGACGUUGUCAGUGGAAAUCAUGUGGGUGGCGGCGAACAAAGUAAAAUGGAAAGAAUCUUCAAUUUAUGCAAGACAAACACUGCAAAGCAUGAUAGUUGUGCUGAAGUGGCCUCGUAUCUGGCAUCCAAGUUUCUGAUACGUAUCGAUGUGAAGGAUUUGUAUUUGCCGAAAUUCUUUGAUUGGAUCAUUGAAGGUAGUCGUAAUGAAACCACAAACGUUACCUUGGGCCAAUUGGCUGCUAUAGCGGCUAUUUUGAAGCACGGCAAGCGAGAGGAUCUGCUUAAACAUGUGCAGACAAUAUUACAGUGGACUGCUGGGUGUAAUUUCAAGGAGUGCAACGAAUACCUGAAAAUCAAACAUUUUUUAAAAAUUGUCCAGCGAUUAGGUCUGGUAUAUUUGAAACCCCGGCUCGCCAAGUGGCGAUAUCAACGUGGAUCUCGCAGUUUAGUACACAAUUUGCAGGAAACCCCAGAUGCAACCUUCGAUUUAAAGAAUGACCAAAUAACUACCGAGGGUGAUGAGGAUGACAUAGUUGUACCCGAAGAAAUUGAAGAGAUAAUUGAGGAGUUGUUGCAAGCAUUACGAAGUCCCAGUAGCGAUGUUCGAUGGUCGGCUGCAAAAGGCAUCGGAAGAGUAACGAAUCGUCUUCCACAAUCACUAGGAGAUGAAGUUGUCGGAUCGGUUAUCGAUCUUCUGAACGAAACAGAACCGCAUGAAGCUUGGCACGGUGGAUGUCUAGCCAUUGCUGAAUUGGCCAAGCGCGGUCUACUGUUACCACAUCGUCUGGAAGUUAUGGUACCGAUUCUUCAACAAGCACUCGUUUACGAUGAAAUGAAAGGCUACAUGUCGGUCGGUCAACAUAUCCGCGAUGCUGCUUGCUACAUGUGCUGGGCAUUCGCUAGAGCCUAUGAUCCGGGCGACUUGGAACCAUUUAUUCAGAGAAUAGCUUGCGGUUUACUGGUAACAACGGUCUUCGAUCGCGAAAUAAAUUGUCGACGAGCAGCAUCGGCAGCUUUUCAAGAAAGCGUUGGUCGUUUAGGCAACUUUCCGCAUGGUAUUGACAUAUUAACGGCGGCUGAUUUCUUCUCCGUUGGUCUGAGAACGAAUUCGUUUUUGAAUAUCAGCGAUUACAUAGCGCAAUACGAUGAGUAUACGACAUCGUUGAUCGAUCACCUUUUUGAGAAGAAGAUCGGCCACUGGGACACUGCCGUACGAGAGAUAACGGCAAAAGCGUUGUAUAAAUUAACGAAAAGGGCUCCCCAAUAUAUGUCCACUCACAUUUUACCAUCUAUCUUCGGGAAAACCACCUCAAUCGACGUCAAUCUGCGGCACGGAUCGGUUUUAUCUAUCGGAGAAAUUGUCUUGUCAUUAAGUGAACUGGAAGCACUGGAUCCGAAGACAAAGUUCAUUAAUGAAUCUUUGCUGGUUCUGAUCAACGGACUGGUUAGUCAGUUUUAUAAUCGUGGACAGUACAGAGGAAUGAGCGGUGAAAUGAUGAGUCAAUGUUCUUGUGACUUUAUUCGCAACUGCAGCAUGGCUAAAGUAGAAGCAACUCCUGAAUGUCUUGAAUCCUGGCAGGCCAUAAUCAACAUGUGCAUCGUGAAGAAAUCGUUGCAAAUCCGUGAGGCUGGUAUUGCCGCACUGGGAGCUCUAUGCGACACAUACUACUCCAAGGAUCAAUUCGUAAAAUCCAACGACGAUUUGGUUGCAUACUAUCUCAAAGGCUGUGAAAAUGAUCUGGAAGAGAAUAUUCGAAUGGGCUACGUACUGGCACUGGGCGCCUUUCCCAAGUUCAUGAUCCGAUCCAAUUUCGAUAAAAUUAUCGCCACUCUGAUGAAGCAAACACUGACGCCGACACUGCAGUCAAGUGUCUUAGCCAAGGAUAACCGACAGACGGAGAAUGCGUUAACGGCAAAUUGGGCCGAAUCAAGACGAGAUAGCAUAAAAGCUCUGGGUAAUGUGAUUGAAACGGUUGGCUUUGACGAAAACGUAGUUACAUCGGAUGUCUUGGACAAAGUAUUCGAAUGUUUGUUCCUCGGAUUGCAGGAAUAUACAAUUGACGAUAGAGGUGACAUCGGUGCAUGGGUACGUGAAUCUGCAAUGAAUGUUCUUUACACAUUGCUCACUAUCUGUCCGAACGAUUUGCUAAAACCUCAAAUUGUACGCAACAUUAUGUUGGGCUUGGCACAGCAGGCUGUAGAAAGCAUUGACCGAACGAGAGGAUUAGCCGGGAAUUUAUUUUGCAAAAUCGUUCAUCACGACCCUACCAUACCAUUUAUACCAGAUCAUGCAUUUUUGAAGGCACUGUUCCCAGAGGACAACAAAAGUGUUCUGUGGUUACACGCUGAUCACACAUUUCCAAUGUUCUGCGCAUUGCUUGAACUUCCGACAUAUUCCGAAAAAAUUGUGCUCGGCCUCAGUGCCAGCAUUGGUAAAUUAAGUGAAUCUUUGAUCAAGUAUUCGUCCACGGCAAUGUUCAACUUUUUGCGUUCACACAAUGAUCAUGUGACUAGAAUUUGUCAGGAAAUUCUAAACAUAUUCCAACAAUAUCAGCUCAACGAUCGUGUGACCUUUCCACUCAUGAACUUCCUGGACACUUUACUCAGUUCCGGUGCGGUGAGCGAUGUGUUGGUCGACAUGGAAUCAAACUUUGCCGAGGAACUGUUUCGUUUGGUUAAAUUGGAAAUAAAAGGACAGAAAAAGCUGUACAAAUUGGUGGCCAGUGUCAACGUACUGUGUCAUUUGAUUCAAAUACCAGCCUUGUGUCCAAGGGUUCUAUCAAUACUCGCUCUAUAUUUGGGAUAUUCGUAUGUGCAUGUGAGAAAAUCGACGGCCGCUAAGUUGUACGAAACGAUUUUGAUACAUGGCGAUUGCAGCGAAAUUCCCGAAGAAAAUAUUGACAGGAUUCUGGAACUAUUAUCAGAAACAGAUUGGGGAAUUGAGAUCACCGAAAUUCGUCCGAUACGGAACGAGCUUUGUACUCUGAUGGGAGUUAAACCGCCAGUAUCUAUUGCUGCUUCGAAGAAGUAAUUUCAUCGGAAUGCGUUUUCGCUGGGACUGCUAUCCAAGACCGUCUAACCGCACACGCACUAAGUUCCAUUUUUUAUAUUUAAACUAUCAAAAUUAUGAAUAAACAAACCACUGCUUACUAUCACA